AUGCUCGCUAUCUUUUUCCCUGCCAUCCUGCUCACCGCCUUCUCGCUCCCUGCGCACUGUGACUCAAAGAGCUCGUCGUUGAAUAUCCUCUUGACCAACGAUGAUAGUUGGGCGUCGGCAAACAUCAGAGCGACGUACUCUGCUCUCAAGGCAGACGGCCAUAACGUCCUCUUGGUAGCGCCCGCCGUGCAACAGUCUGGCCGAGGAGGCACCUUUGUCCUUCCCACCACCAACAUAACACCGCCUGGCGGAGAAUUUGGCUCAAUACCUGUCGGUGCACCCUACUUUGGUCAUGACGAGAAUGACCAGAACCUAUGGUAUUUCAAUGGAACACCCGCGGCCUCAGCAGUGUUCGGCAUUGACAUCAUCGCUCCUAUGCGCUUUGGCGACAAGCCCAUUGACCUUGUCGUCUCUGGUCCAAACGAGGGCAGCAACAAUGGCCCGUUCGUGUACACCCUUAGCGGCACUAUCGGCGCGUCCUACACGUCCGUUGAGCGAGGGAUACCGGCAAUAGCUGUAUCUGCGGGCAACGGUACUCAUCGCUCAUUCACGACCAACACAGGCGCAGAGGACGAUCCGGCUAACAUCGCCGCUCAGGUUACUUUUACUUUUUUGACAGCCAACUUUGUUGCUGCUCUUGCCCAAAGUGUCGAUUUCACAAAGUCCCGCCUUCUCCCCCUCGGUGUUGGUAUUGGGAUCAAUAUGCCUGUAUUUGGACCAGGAAACCCUUGUGUAGCUCCUCCAUUCAUUUCGACGCGUAUGACUGGCGGUGCUGUCAUCGACCGUCUUUCGAUUGACCCGACAACAGGGUUUCCUGUAUCUACUGACUUGGUAGCUGACGGCCUCAACAUCGCCUUAAAUGGGAAUCCCCAACUUCCCGGUGAAACGCUUACCAGUGCAGAAUGCAAGACCGCGGUAAGCGUGUACUCAGUGGACUAUGAUGCCCCUUCUACGGUGGCUGCCCCCAUCCAGGAGCACCUUGCCCCAAUCUUUGGGAAAACGAAAUCGGACUAA